CUGGGACAGGUUCCCGCCGAAGAGAUAGAGCCUUUCCGUCUUGGGGCGUCCACUUUCGAUAUCAAGGCUUCAAAUUUCCAUCAGAUCCGAUCAACAGAUGAUCUAGUGGAUCACUCGGGAUUGAUGAGGCAUUGUCCGAUAUUAAGGUCGUUGCAGCAAAACAAGGACGAUCUUCAGCUGAGAGAUUGUUGAAGUCAUGGCCUGGAACAAGCCGGCUGAGAAGACAGUUUGGCGGGCGACCGUCUUCGUUGACAAACUUGAAGCUCCCGCCUGGUGGCCGCGUAAUCCGCUAGCCUUUUACAAAACCAAAUCCCCGGAUCGAGAACGGCGUCACAACGGGAACCCGCGUUCUCAGAUACAUAUCGCACGACAUGACACGUUCUCUGCUGCAUACUCCCGAACACUCUCCUGUUUGAACCCAAUGGGUCUUCCGGGCAUCAAGGACACGGGAAAUCAUCAGCGAUCACAAAAAUGGUUCGUAGGUAAUAACAGCAAGCAGAUGGGUCGAGAAAUCUCCAAGAAUUCAUGUCGACGGGUAUUGGUCCGGAGUGAAUGACUGGCUUAUGUCAGCCACGCACCGCCCAGCCACUCAGCCACAGAUUCUCGGCGGUGGCAGCAGGCACCGAGAACGCCUGAGCCAAUCAGAUUCAAGAUGCUUCAUGGUUCAGGAGGAGAAUAUAUCGUCACUUCAUCCUACAUCAAUGGUACAUUGCUUGACUCCCUCUCGGUCCACUCUUCAGAAACCGAACUGGUACCGUUCUUCCAAUACUAGGGAACACAAGAUCUAGUUUCUCUAAAGCUCAGCCGUCCCCUCCUCGACUUUGCUCAAUUUGCGUUGCAGGAAAAGGAUUAUAAAUGAUCAAACCUCCAUUUGUUGAAUGCUAGCGCGUUUGUCCACCAUGUCUGUGCGUCGAUCCAGCAGAAUCGCGUCGAUUACUGUCCCUCUGGUGGCGGAUAAGUCUUCAGAGGUGGCCAAGGAGCCAAAGAAACGACCGUUGGCAUCCCGAGGCCAAGAGACGAAAGCGAAAAAACAAAAGGGCCAUGGCGCCGUAGAACAGACAGCAGUUGAGAAGGAAAAGAAUGGUCUUGUCAAUGGGGCGCUCCAAGCGGAAUCUGAAUUCAAAGUCCCGGUGACUCCAGUCAAGAAGGCAAAUGCUCGAAGAGUGCCUGCCAAACAGUCCAAGCAACCACCAUUGACUCCGACGCCGAGUCUCAUCAGCGUCAUUCGAGCCCCUUACAGUUCUGGGGACGUUGACGACGCAACUCCUCCCCCUGGUCGGCCCGUUGAGCCACACAUCACCAAUGCCCCUUUGGUCACGCCUGGAGGCACGCAGCAUGUCGCGUAUGAGAAUACUCUUCCCGACUCGACCCCUUCAAAAACCGGCCUGCCUCGGCCGAUAGCGACAACAAACACGCUCCUGGAUCAGGCUUGUGCCCACCUCAUCAGCGUCGAUCCACGCUUGAGACCUCUGAUCGAGAAACAUCAGUGCCAUAUAUUCUCGCCCAAGGGCCUGGCCGAGGUAAUUGAGCCGUUUCGCUCGCUUUCAAGUGGAAUUAUGGGCCAGCAAGUCUCGGGCGCGGCGGCCAAGUCCAUCAAGAACAAAUUCAUUGCCUUGUUCAACGAGGACGGAUCUGAGGAAGUACAGUUCCCAACGCCAGCACAAGUCGCUGUUACGGACAUCGCUAGGCUGCGCCUUGCUGGCUUGUCUCAGCGGAAAGCCGAGUAUAUCCAAGGCCUAGCCCAGAAAUUCACCAACGGGGAGCUAACCAAUGAGAUGCUCAUGACAGCCUCAGACGACGAGGUUAUGGAGAAACUCAUUGCGGUCCGUGGUCUGGGGAAGUGGAGCGUCGAGAUGUUUGCCUGUUUCGGCCUGAAGCGGCUUGAUAUCCUCUCCACAGGUGACCUGGGCGUGCAGAGGGGCAUGGCUGCAUUUUAUGGCAAGGAUGUGAAAAAGCUCAAAGCAAAGGGUGGCGGUAAGUGGAAGUACAUGUCUGAGCAGGAUAUGGUCGAGAAAAGCGCGCCAUUUGCGCCGUACCGGAGUCUGUUUAUGUGGUACAUGUGGCGCGUGGAAGAUGUGGAUGUCGACGUUAUGGAGCAGAGUACACUCGCGUAGAGGCAUAGAGUCUUAAGCAAUGUUAGGUUGCAUGUAGAGUUUUCUUUCGAGCUCCGUCUCGUUGUAUGGUAUGUACAAUAAUUCA